AUGUAUACCUGCCGUGAGCAACUUAUUGCAGCGCACAUAAAGUAAAUAAGUAAAUAAUCCCACAAUAUGUCACUAGUAAAUUACGGUAGCAGCUCCAACUCAGAAGGCGAGGAGACAGAGGAAACACCGGCCGCUCCAGUGAUUCGCAAGAGACCGGCAUUACCCACAGCUGCCUCUUUGUUGGGCGCUAAGGUAGCAAAACCCCUAGUUGAGGAGGAUGAGGCAGAUGACUUUGAGAAUGCGGCUUUGCAUGGAGGGCGGAUACGCAGCUUUAAGCAUGAGCGCGGCAAUUGGGCAACUUUUGUGUAUGUGUCAGCUGGGGACUGUGCCGAGCAGCUGGAGGACUUUCAGUUGGAGGCCAUCGAAAGACUGGCGCCACAAAUUGAGCUGCACGCCAAUGAAUCAUUGCAUCUGAGCUUGAGCAAGACUGUCGUUCUGCAAUACCAUCAAAUUGAUGAGUUUCAACGAUCGCUGCAACAGGCACUGCAUUGCUGCGCUGGCUUUAGCAGUACGCUGCAUUUGCUCAGUGUCUACACAAAUGAGGAGCGCACGCGCACCUUUCUGGCCGUGCAGCUCGAUGCUGCCUUUACGAGUAAAAUGUCGUCACUUUUGCGGCCCGUGGAUUUGGUUAUGCGUGAUUAUCGCUUGCCUCAGUUCUAUGAGAAGCCCUCGUUUCAUGUUAGCCUGCUGUGGUGCGUUGGCGAUCAUCAGACCUUGCUGCAGGAUAAGCUGAAGGAACUGCAGCAAUUGCUCGAUGAUCAUGAGACCCUCCAAUUGGCUGUCAAUGAAGUGAACUGCAAAUGCGGCAAUAAGGAUUUUACUUAUAAGUUGAAAUAGCUACGAAAAUGAUUGAUAUUUAUAGUUUAAGUGGAUUUUUUUUUCUAAAAUUAAGACUAAUUUAAGCCUUUCUUUUUGUUGCCAUUGCCCUGCUUGGCCUGCUGUGCCUGCUCCUCAAGCAGCCGCUCCUCUUCCAGUUCCAAAAAGCGUUGGCGACGCCGACCCAAUGGAGUUUUCGACCACCACGAUUCGAAUGCCUCCUCCUCCUCGCGAUAGACAGGAUCUCGUGCACUGCGCAAAGUACACACAGAUUAGCAUAGAAUUUGGAUGGAUUAAUGCCUUUUUAUACCCACCAGAGCACAUUGAUGAGCUCUGCAUUUGUGAGCGGCUGGGAGCGCAGUUGAAGCUUGCGCUUACAAGUCAUCACCUCGCGUAGACAGGCAUCAACUGCUCCAAUGGUAUAGCCAUCUGAUAUUUUAGCCAUGGCACUGGUGUCCAAGUUGGACAAGCCACCAGAGUACUCACUGUAAAUGAUAUAGUGCAAAGAUUAGAUAUACAAAUGGAAUAUCAACUUAAUUAUUUUCGGAAAACAAACAAUUUUUCAUAUUAGAACUUAUCUUUCAAUCAA